CUUGCCGCUGAGUGGAUGCAGAGUUCAGCUCGUGGUCCCCCGACCACAGCUCAGGCUCCGGCUCCGAUAAACGCAGAGAAGACACCAGAGGAUGGAUUUCUACCACUUUGCUUUUCUCUGCGGGGCUCUUGUGUUUUCAUGGGAAUCCUCCUGUGUGCACACUCUUGCUAUUUUCCCUCCAGCUGCGCCAAAAAGCAGCAAGGUGAAGAUUUUUGACGGACAAGAGGCGUCUAAAUAUUUUAAGGAGUUUUACGCACCAGCCUCCACAGACAGAAACACCAAACCUAAAGAUUUCAUAGAGCCUCAUGAUUAUAUGUUGUCUAUUUAUAAAACUUUCUCCACAGCGGAGAAACUGGGACUAAACGCCAGCUUUUUUCGGUCUUCAAAGGCUGCAAACACCAUCGCAAGUUUUGUGGACAGUGGGCAAGAUGACCUCCCACUUUCCCCUCUGAGGAGACAGCGGUAUCUGUUCGACGUCUCAACCCUCCCAGAAAAAGCGGAGGUGCUGGGAGCAGAGCUCAGGAUAUACACCAAAGUGUCUGGGAAUUUCAGGAUAUCAGAAACAGAGCCCGUCGACAUCCAGCUCCUCUCCUGCUACGACCAGCAGCUGCUGGACUCCAAAACCCUGGACCUCCAGGAUUCCCACAGGCCAAAGUGGGAGGUGUUGGACGUCUGGGAGAUAUUCAAAGAGCGGGAGCACCUGAGCCAGGGCAAGCUCUUCUGUCUGGAGCUCAGGGCCACGCUGGAUAACCCCGAGAGGGAGCUGGACCUGCACCUUCUGGGCCUGCACCGCCACGGGAAACCCCAGCAGAAGAAAGCCAUCUUAGUGGUCUUCACCAGAUCCAAGAAGAGGCAGACCCUCUUCAGCGAGAGGAGAGAAGGGAGAGCUCUGCUGGGCCUCGACAGGAAACCCAAAGAGAGGGGUCCGGGUGCCAAAGCCAGCAGGAGGAGGAGGACAGCGGCUUCUAAAACCCGACACGGGAAGAGGCACGGGAAGAAGUCCAAAUCCAGGUGCAGUAAGAAGCCGCUGCACGUCAACUUCAGAGACCUGGGCUGGGACGACUGGAUCAUAGCCCCGCUGGACUACGAGGCGUACCACUGUGAGGGUGUGUGCGACUUCCCCCUGCGCUCCCACCUGGAGCCCACCAACCACGCCAUCAUCCAGACUCUGAUGAAUUCCAUGAACCCCAGUAACAUGCCCCCGAGCUGCUGCGCCCCGUCCAAACUCAGCCCCAUCAGCAUCCUCUACAUCGACUCAGGAAACAAUGUGGUGUACAAACAGUACGAGGACAUGGUGGUGGAGUCCUGCGGCUGUAGGUAGUAGCGUGACCUUUGACCUCCUUAUUGUCCGUCAGGCUCCGCAUUUAGUGGACAUAAAACAUUUCAAAAAGAACAUCUGUGUGGGAAGAGGCACAGAUUUAUAACCCGCUGAUGUGUUUCAUAACCGUGGACCAAAUGAGGUCAAGACGCCUUAAACACUGCAGUGAUUCCCAGUUUGUGGAUAUGAGAUAAACUUCAGGGCUGCAAUGAAGGAUUACUUUUAUUAUCAACAAACAUGCUGAUUAUUUUGACCAUUAAUCAACUGAUUCCUUUAUAAAAACGUCUCAAACACCUGCUAGAAUGUCCCACUGGUCAUAUUUAUCAACCCUCAAAACAAAACCUAAAUGUAUUUGGUUUUCUCCCAGAAAUAUCAUAUAAUUAUAUAUGAAAAACCAUAAACAGAGGAGCAGAACAGCAACAAAAAGCAAAAAAAAGGAGGAAUUAGGUCAGAUUUAGAAACUCUAUCAGUGUACAAGAGGAUUUGAUAAAGUAUUAUCAACAAAAGUGAAGAAAAAUGCAAAAUAAAAAGCCAACAUAAACAGCAUGAAGAUGGGAAAUAUAAGAGGCUGCAACCUGCAUUUAGGGAAAUUAGUUUUUAGGUUUGUUUUUAUUAUCAAAUGAGUUUUAAUAUUCUUUUUGCAAACUAUUCUGUAGAUGUAAAAUUACCUGGUGACACUUGGAUCAUUCGCCGAAAAAACAGUCUUUGUGACAUUUCAACAGCCUCACUUUAAUAUUUAAUAUGUGAUAUAAAUACGUAAUAUUAAAUAAAUUAAGACGGAGUUCAAUUUCAGCACAAAACCAAUUAAAUAUAACUUAAUAUAGGAAAUUUUUCGCCUAUCCGUGCAUUAAAGUUGCAAAGAAUGAAAUGAUGUUAGUAAAUGUGAUGAUUCAUGUGCAGCUGAUUGUUGAAUUCCAACUAAAAAGCUGCUGAAAUGUUCCAAACACUGUGCAGAUUGUCUAAAUAAAACCGUUACUAAUUACCUCUUUUAUUCACUUUAAGACUAAACCAUUACUUGUAAAGAUAACCAGCUUAUUAAUCGUUAAUGAAAACAAACAUUAGUUGAGGUUUUAAUCUUAUCUGGCGACAAAUAUUCACAAACAUGAAAAAAAAAACAACUGGAAAAUAACACAUUUGUGCCAUGUACUAGUAUGCUUCAACAGAAAGCAUUC